UUCUGUCACAGAUAUCUAGAUACUCUGUUUCUAUACUUCUGUCACAGAUAUCUAGAUACUCUGUUUCUAUACUUCUGUCACAGAUAUCUAUAUACUCUGUUUCUAUACUUCUGUCACAGAUAUCUAUAUACUCUGUUUCUAUACUUCUGUGACAGAUAUCUAGAUACUCUGUUUCUAUACUUCUGUCACAGAUAUCUAGAUACUCUGUUUCUAUACUUCUGUCACAGAUAUCUAUUAGCUCUGUUUCUAUACUUCUGUCACAGAUAUCUAUUAGCUCUGUUUCUAUACUUCUGUCACAGAUAUCUAUAUACUCUGUUUCUAUACUUCUGUCACAGAUAUCUAGAUACUCUGUUUCUAUACUUCUGUCACAGAUAUCUAGAUACUCUGUUUCUAUACUUCUGUCACAGAUAUCUAGAUACUCUGUUUCUAUCCCUCAGCUCUGUGUUCGUAGAGAAAAUGGCGUUUCAGAGUUGAUCUUGUUGACGCUCCGCCCUGCAGCGUCGUUCCUCUAAAGCGCCGACAUCUGAUUGGUCCAGGUUAAACUCAGAUCACAUGACUCAGAGCUGCUGAGGGUCGUUAAACUUUAAUGAGGGUUAGAAAAAAGGUUGAAGAGUCUGAAGCUUUUUUUUUGGUUCUCCUCCAACGAGAGCGUUCGUCCUGUUCAUGGUCGUUUGAGAGGCGGAGCUUCUCUGCAGGUUAAACAGCUGUUAACGCUCCUAAAACGGCCGAGAGCGCCAGGUUUGACCGCCGUGAGGAAUCUUAAGCGAGAGAGCGAGCGAGCGCUGAAAUAUUCAUGAUCAUUAAACAUGAACAGGCCUUCGUUAGACCUUCGUCCUCCAUCACACAUUCUGCCGCCCGCCGCGUCUGUGAGCAGCAGAACUUCUUCAUCACCCAGACAGAGUUCACAAUGACCUGAGGUCCAGGAGGAGGAGGAGGUCCAGCUCCUGAAGAGGAGGAGGUCCAGCUCCUGAAGAGGAGGAGGUCCAGCUCCACCCAAACCUUCUCUGAGUUUUGAGGAGAUGAUGGAGUCAGAAGAUCUACCAACUUGAAAGGAAAGAAGGAAUAGCUCAGAGGGCGCCAUGUUCCUGUCCAUGCCAGGGCGCCGCGCAGAGUUACAGUAUUCCCGGGUAAAGCUCCUCCCACACCAGGACCGUUUUUUUUUUCCGUGCGAUUAUUUCGGACAUCAGUAUUUAUUUGAACCCGUAUCCUGUCAAUUCAAGCGUCACAUCAGCGACGUUUUCCCGUCCUGAGAUAUUAUGACUUUUAUUUUUUCGUUUUGCAGUCGAUUUUUCUAAAGUUUCCCAUACUGUGUGUCCACUUCUGACCAAUCAGAUUUCAUGUUGUUGCGACGACAGAUUUAGCGGUAUAUCCAACAUGGCCGACCGGCUGAUUGUUUCCGUGUCGGAGAACAGAGUGAUUUUUGAUCAAAGACACAAACAUUACAAAGAGAACGACCUGAAGGACGACUUGUGGAGAGUCAUAGUGUCGGAUUUCUCCGAUGACGAUGGUUUGUGAGCUUUAACAGUUUGAUAAACGUCUUUGUUUGAACUUUCAUCUGUGCUAACUAACUUUAGCUCUAAGCUAACCUGUUCAGAUACAACAGACCAUCUGUAUUUUCACUGUAAACUCAGUCUCAGCACCAUCAGGUCUCUGUUGUUCUGUUUAUGGAUUAUAGUUUCAUGUUCUUAUCUGGUUCUGACCCGACUCAGUCCAUCAUGACAGACAGACAUCAGAACUGAAAACACUCAGUCUGCUGUUGGAUCAGUCUAACACCUGAAGACCCGGGACGCCUCUUUUUCCCCCAGAAAGUCACAAAAUCACAUCAGGAUGGAUGUUUAUCGUCCGGAGCGUCAAAAUUCACCUCUGAAUAUUUCGUAGUUUCACGUCGUAUAUGUGUGUCGUUCCUGUUGUGUGAGGAUCUUUACAGUAUUACAGUGUUACUGUGUCCAUUUCAGUCAGUCAGGUGGUUCUGUGGUCUCUCUGUGAGGCUGACCACAGUCCUCCUUGUCGUCUUGUGAAGUUAAUUUCUUCAUGAUUUCUGUGAUUUAUUUCAUGGUUAGUUUGAUUUAUUUAAUUGUUCCAGUGGUUUAUUUUAUUGUCAGUAGUUUCUUCAGUGUUUUAGGGCCUGGAUCACGUCAGCAGAGAGUCGUCGGAUCAUAUUAUUGAACAGGACUUUAUAAAAGUGAAGAGGAGACCAUGAGGGAGCUGCUCCACGGUCCCUCUCCUGCUCAUUAUUUCUGUUAAACUCCUAAUUUUCCUCCUAAUCUCAUAUAUUUUCAGCGUUUCUUUCAUCCUUUACAGUCUCUGGUCACACAUUGGUAAGAGUUACAUAAGUGAGGGGACUUCAUUAACACACUGGUAAUGAUCUUUAUUUCACACACUAAUGUGUGUGUUUCUGUCUCAGACAUCGUUAUAAUGAGGACUGUUUAUUUAUGUAACAGGUGGAAAAUGAAGCUCUGCCCUGCUGCUCAUGUUUACAUCAUGAGUUUAUCUGCUGCAUCAACAUUAAAGGGACACAAAUCCAUGAAUCCACAAGAAAAGACAAAGACAAAGACUCUGUCUUCUUAACGCUGCUGUAAAAGUCUGUUUUAAUGAGACACAGGAAGGUCAACCCCAACACCAGCCUGUAAUACUUCUGCUCGAAGUGUCCCGGCGAGUGUUUCUGUUUCUGUCUGGGGAGUAAAAGUGCCGCGCUUCAGUUUGUAAAGUUUGAACUUCAUAAAGUCAGCUCCACGUUCGUAUCAAACUCGCUCUUCUGGCAGUUUGUCCUCUCCUGUUCAUUUGCAAUAAUCAAAACAGCCAGCAGCCAUCAUAUAUUAUCAGGCAGCGUCUGUGUCUUCACAUUUUUAAUGCAUUAAAUCAAAUCUGAAUUUAAAACGCAGAAAAAUUACCUCCUGCAGCAGCAGAGAGAGAGAGAGAGAGAGUUCCCCGAAAACAGCGUUCUUCUGCAGAAAACUCGCUCUCCUCGCUCUCCUCGCUCUCCUCGCCGCGCUGACAGAGAUGAGUCACGUCAGGCGUCUUUAUUCAGAGCAGAAAUUUCUCAUUAAGUGGAGGCUCCUCUUCACUGUCAUGAAAGCGGUCCACAUGCGUUCGUAUUGAAUGUUGCUGUAAAGGAGAAGGUCGUGAUGCUUCCUGUGGAGUCUGCUGCUCCUCUAAAGAGGUUCUCGCUCUUUUCUCUUCGAACCUUGGACAGUUUUUUACCCGCCCCCUUUAUUCUCUUUAAAUCUGUUUUGUGGACACAGAUGAAAUGAUCACCUCAAACAUGUUUACUUCAUGUCUGAACGUCCCUGAAGGUCACCAUCACAGAGAGCCCUUCAGUCCAAGACAAACCAGACCACCGUCACCGCCGUCACCGUCUCUGAGGCUUUACAGCAGAGCUGCAGAAACACGGGAUCUGUUUUUAUCAUCUUCAUUUACUCUGUUUUAUAUCUGUUUUAUAUCUGAUCUGUUUUAAAUCUGAUCUGUUUUAAAUCUGAUCUGUUUUAAAUCUGAUCUGUUUUAAAUCUGAUCUGUUUUAAAUCUGAUCUGUUUUAAAUCUGAUCUGUUUUAAAUCUGAUCUGUUUUAAAUCUGAUCUGUCUUAAAUCUGAUCUGUUUUAAAUCUGAUCUGUUUUAUAUCUGAUCUGUUUUAUAUCUGAUCUGUUUUUUUUUUUUUUUUUUAAACUUUAUUUUUAUCUUUUAAGGCAAACUUUCAAACAUACACGCAAAUACUGUACAAAACAAAACAAAACAAGAACAAGAACAAGGGGGGCAAACACUACUCAGUUACAUACAGGUGCCAUUUAGUCCAUUUUAUAUAUCUGAUCUGUUUUAUAUCUGAUCUGUUUUAUAUCUGAUCUGUUUUAUUUCUGAUCUGUUUUAAAUCUGAUCUGUUUUAAAUCUGAUCUGUUUUAUAUCUGAUCUGUUUUAAAUCUGAUCUGUUUUAAAUCUGAUCUGUUUUAUAUCUGAUCUGUUUUAAAUCUGAUCUGUUUUAUAUCUGUUUUAUAUCUGAUCUGUUUUAAAUCUGAUCUGUUUUAUAUCUGAUCUGUUUUAAAUCUGACAUGUUUGAGCAGCUCUUUGGGAACCUCGUUGUUUUGAAAAUGUUCUGUACAAAUAAAGCUGGAUUGGACUGGAUGGAAGAACUUUCACACAUUCAGCCUCUCAGUUUGGAAAAGCACAGAUCAUGAGGAGCUGCUCUGAUUGGCCAGAUGGAAGUAGAGGUGGAAAAACACCAAAACAAAGAUGGCGACCUCACCAGAAGAACCCAUGUCCACACCGAACCUCAGAGUCCUUCAAACAAACUGUGACCAUGAGCAGCUCCAUGAGGGAAGUCCAGGGUCUCCACAGUCCCUGAAGGACUGAACCCUGGACUGAAGGGUCAGGGAGGUCAGCUGACUUUCACACUGAGACCACAGUGAGGUUCUGAGGUGGUUCUGUGGUUCUGUGGGUUUAUAAGAGAUGUGUGCAGAAACAAGUCCACUCAGUGAGAGCGUCUGUCCUCUGUCUCUGUGUUUACUGUCUCUGCAGAGCGCUGAAAUCAGAGUCACCUGAUCAGACCUGCUCACUGUUUCCUCUGUGUGUGUGUGUCUGUGUGUGUGCGUGUGUGUGUGUGUGUGUGUUUCCUCAGUGUGUCCCAGUGGGAAGUUCGGGAAGGCGUGUUCACAGACGUGUUCCUGCACCAAUAACGGGACGUGUAACCCGAUCGACGGUUCGUGUCAGUGUUACCCGGGCUGGAUCGGUGACGACUGCUCCACCCGUGAGAAAGACACACAAAAAUCAUCUGUGUGUGGACACACCUGUGUGUGUGUGUGCAGAUAUAUAUGUGUGUGUGUGUGUGUGUUUUGCAGCGUGUCCUCAGGGUUCCUGGGGUCCAGACUGUAUCCACACCUGUAACUGUCAUAAUGGAGCUCAGUGCAGAGCCACAGACGGAGAGUGUGACUGCAGCCCGGGGUGGACGGGACUGUACUGUACUCAACGUAAGACACACACACACACACACACACACACUGACACACACACACACACACACACACACACACACACACACACACACACACACUGACACACACACACACUGACAAACACACACACACACACUGACACUGACACACACACACACACACUGACACUGACACACACACACACACUGACACACUGACACACACACACACACACUGACACACACAUUGACACACACACACACACUGACACACACACACACACACACUGACACACACAUUGACACACACACACACACACACACACACAUUGACACACACACACACACACACACACACUGACACACACACACACACACUGACAGAGUCUCCAGCAGCAGUGUUGUUGUUGUUGUUGUUGUUGUUGUUGGUGUUGUCGUUGUUGUUUCUCCUGUUUUGUUAAUCUUGCGCCGCCCUCUAGUGUCAGAUCAGUGAACUUCAUCCUUUAUUUCUCUGGACUCGGGUCUUUUCCUUCGAUGGUUUAAUCCUCACUUGGGCCCGGUUUCAGGAUAAGUACUGAUCAGUGGCGAUUGCUCUAAGACUGCAAGGGAAGCUCGGCUUCCCUUAAAAUGUCACCCCCCAAAAAAAAGAAAAAGUGGUGAAAUACGUACGGCUGUGUGUACAUUUCAUUAUCUAAAUACGCACUAGAAAGCCUUCAUCUUUUGUUCAGACACUGUGAUAAGAAGCUGAUAAUCACAGGUAACCGGCAUAACUUCGUUCUCAUUCAUCCUCACAGCGCCUCAGCGCUUUAAACAGCCGGACGCUGGGCUUCUGCUGACUUCAAUGAGGAAGCUCAAAGUGGGUUGUUCCAGCAGCGAAACUAGACGCUCAUUGGAUAAAUGCUGGGCUUUGUCCCGCCCAAUGGAAGCUCAGCUUCACUGGAGUUCUAUGGCGAGAGGGCGGUCCCGACUUUCUCCCGGACUCCAAGCUUCUGCCUCCAUGAUUGGAUGAGCUGUCUGAGGCGAAAUCCUUUUUUGAUUGACAGCUAAACAAGCGAAUCAGCGAUCUUGAAGAAUAAAACAUCUACCAGAGUAUUUUCCAAGUUAUUCAUUCCGUUGUUCUCAACUGCUCCGGAGACUUUACCGAUCCUCAGCGACUUUUGUCUUUGUUAAAAACGACUGCCGUUGUGUUUGGCGACUCUGUUCUGUUACAUACUAAUAAACAAAUACAAUUAUGAUGUAGGUCAGAAAUAUGAGCUUCCCCUCCUUGAAAGACCAGCAGCCGCCACUGGUACUGAUCCAAAAGAAGAUCCUCCUCAGACCUGCAGGACAGUCUGAACCUGGUCCAUUGUUCAGAGGUCUCCUCAGUCCUGGUUUGGUUCUGAUGGUACCAGAGUCCCAGAGUUUAUGGGACGGACUGCAGAGAGAGCAGUUCUCUAGAUCUGCAAGAUCAGGAUUUGGAUCAGUCUGCAGAGAUGAUCCGGUUUGGUCCAGAUCCUCGGAUCAGGUUUAGAGAAGGAGAAACACCUGGACUCUGACUGUUGUUGUGUUUCCUCCUCUCCUUCUCCUCUCUCCUCUCCCCACCCCUCCCUCUCUCUCCUCCUCUCUCUCCUCCUCCUCCUCCCUCUCUCUCCCCCCCCUCCUCCUCCCCCUCCUCCUCUCUCCUCCUCCCUCUCUCGUCCCUCUCUCUCUCCCCCUCCUCCUCCCUCUCUCCUCCCUCUCUCUCCUCCCCCUCCUCCUCCUCUCUCCUCCCCCCUCCUCCCUCUCUCCUCCUCCUCUCUCUCCUCCUCUCUCCUCCUCUCUCCUCCUCUCCUCUCCUCCUCUCUCCUCCCCCUCCUCCUCUCUCCUCCUCCCUCUCUCUCCUCCCCCUCCUCCUCCUCUCUUCUUUCUCCUCCUCUCUCUCCUCCUCUCUCCUCCCUCUCUCUCCUCUCUCUCCUCCCCCCCUCCUCCCUCUCUCCUCCUCUCUCUCCUCUCUCCUCCUCUCUCCUCUCCCCCCCUCCUCUCUCCUCCCCCUCCUCUCUCCCUCUCCUCCUCCUCCCCCUCCUCCUCUCCCCCCCUCCCUCUCUCCCCCCCCUCUCCUCCCCCUCCUCCUCUCUCCUCCUCUCUCUCCUCCCCCUCCUCCUCCUCCCCCCCCUCCUCCUCUCCUCCUCUCUCCCCCUCCUCUCUCUCCUCUCCCCCCUCUCCCCUCCUCCUCUCUCCUCCUCUCUCUCCUUCUCCCCCCCCUCCUCCUCCCCACCCCCCCGUCUCUCCCCUCCUCCUCUCUCCCCCCCUCCUCCUCUCCCCCCCCCUCUCUCCUCUCUCCUACUCCCCUCCUCCUCUCUCCCCCCUCCCCCUCCUCUCUCCUCCUCCUCUCUCCUCCUCCCCACCCCCUCCCUCUCUCUCCUCCCUCUCUCCUCCCCCCUCUCCUCCCCCUCCUCCUCUCUCCUCUCCCCCCCCCCCCCCUCUCUCUCCUCUCUCCUCCUCUCCCCCUCCUCCUCUCUCCUCUCUCUCCUCCUCCUCAGGUUGUCCCUCAGGUUUCUUCGGUCCUCGCUGUGAGGAGGUGUGUCGUUGUCAGAACGGGGCGGACUGUGACCACAUCAGCGGACUCUGCUCCUGCAGGACGGGUUUCAUCGGGCCGAGCUGCGAGUUUAGUGAGUGUCCGCCGCCAUCUUUGACACGUUCUUACAGACAGGAGACGUUCGGUUUGACGGUUUCUGCUCAGAGAGGAGGAGGACACAGACGGACGGACGGACGGGGAUUCAGUUUGUCCAAAAGACGGUUCGUUAAAGAUCAGACAGAGGACAGAAAACGGUCAGGUCAGAGAGAUAAAAAAAAACAGGAGGUGGAGAGGACAGGUCAGAAAAAGACACGGGUUAACGAACACAGAGAGACUCAAAAGGGUUAACUAGAAGGAGGAUGAUGGGAAACAGGUGAGGAGACGGGGGCGGGGCAGAGCUGACAGGAAGAAGGGUUAGAGAACUACAAAAUAAAACAGGAAGGACAUGAAACAUGAGUGCGCCAAAAUAAAAGACACUGAGCCUGAGACAGUUUUUAUUCUGGACCAGUUUAAGAUCCGGGUGGGUCCAGGUUCUGAUAGUCAUGUGGUUCUGUUUGGACACUGAAGUGUUCCCGGGUCGUCACUGGGACUUUCGCUCAGAAUCAGGGUCCAGCUGUCAGAACCAGAACCUCCUCUGUCCUCUGUCCUCCAGAGUGUCCUGCGGGGACGUUCGGGUACGGCUGCCAGCAGCUCUGCGAGUGUCUGAACAACGCCACCUGUGACUACGUGACGGGGACCUGCUACUGCAGCAUCGGCUUCAAGGGGAUCCGCUGUGACCAGGGUGAGGACUGGGGGGGGGGCGGGUCUCUCUUAUAGAUCCUUGGUUCUGACCCAGUACAGAUCAGAUCUUCAGGGCGGCUGAGACUCUGACAUGAAUCUAAAACCUGAAUCCUGACCCUGCCUCCUCUCUGACCUCCCCCCUGUAGCGGCUCUGAUGAUGGAGGAGUUGAACCCGUACACGAAGAUCAGCCCGGCUCUGGCCUCGGAACGCCAGUCGGCCGGCGCCGUUCUGGGGAUCAUCUUCCUGCUGCUGCUCAUCAUGGCCAUGCUGGGCCUGGUGGUCUGGUUCCGGUUCAGACAGAGAGAGAAAGGUCACCACGUCCCCAACGUCACCUACACCCCCGCCCUGCACAUCAACGCCACCGACUACUCCCUCUCAGGUGAGACACACCCUCUGAUCCCCCCACAGGUGAGACACUCCCUCUGAUCCCCUCUCAGGUGAGACACUCCCUCUGAUCCCCCCACAGGUGAGACACACCCUCUGAUCCCCCCACAGGUGAGACACUCCCUCUGAUCCCCCCACAGGUGAGACACUCUCUCUGAUCCCCCCCACAGGUGAGACACUCCCUCUGAUCCCCCCACAGGUGAGACACUCCCUCUGAUCCCCUCUCAGGUGAGACACUCCCUCUGAUCCCCCCACAGGUGAGACACUCCCUCUGAUCCCCCCACAGGUGAGACACUCCCUCUGAUCCCCCCACAGGUGAGACACUCCCUCUGAUCCCCCCACAGGUGAGACACUCCCUCUGAUCCCCUCACUGGUGAGACACUCCCUCUGAUCCCCCCACAGGUGAGACACUCCCUCUGAUCCCCCCACAGGUGAGAUACUCCCUCUGAUCCCCCCACAGGUGAGACACUCCCUCUGAUCCCCCCACAGGUGAGACACUCCCUCUGAUCCCCCCACAGGUGAGACACUCCCUCUGAUCCCCCCACAGGUGAGACACUCCCUCUGAUCCCCCCACAGGUGAGACACUCCCUCUGAUCCCCCCACAGGUGAGACCCCUUUAUUUCAGGUACUUUGGAAAUCCAGAUCUGAGCGGGUUUGGAGGCUCCGCCCUCUGAUCUGAUCUCUCAGUCCUCACUGUCAUCCUGCUGCUCCUGUGUUUGCUCAUGCUCUGUACACACACACACACACACACACACACACACACACACUACAGGCUGAAAGUUUGGAAGAAGUUCAGAUUAGUCCAAACAAAGAUCAUAGUUUCAUAAAUAUAAUUUUAACACAGUAACCAUGACUACAGUGUAAAGAGUAACUGAUCUGAAGACAUUCUGACUAUAAUUCUGAGGUAUUUGAGUUAUUGUUGUUAGACUUUCUUUAAAGUUACCUCCUCUGGCUUUAACAACAGCUCGGCAUAUUCCAGGCAUUCGUUCACCAAGUUUUCUAAGGUCUGUUCCAGGGAUUACAUUCAAGCUUUCUUAAGUUCAUUAAAAAGAGACGCUGAUUUCUCUGACCGAUCGAUCCAAUUCAUCCCGCACAAGCUCAGUUGGAGAAAGGUCUGGAGACUGAGGGGUCCAGACCAUCUUUUGAAGAACACCUUCCUCUUCUCUUUUGUCUCGGUAACCCUGACAGAGCUCGGCAGAGAGUUUAGGGUCAUUGUCUUACUGCAAAACAAACUGAUGAGCCACAAGUCUGAGUCCAGAUGGAGCAGCAUGGUGCUGGAGGAUGGAGUGGUACUGUUCCUUCUUCAUGAUACUCUUUACUUCAAACUAAUCUCCUACUCCAUCACCUGAUAAACAUCUCCAUACCAUGAACUACCACCUCCAUGCUGAAUUGUGGGUGUAACACAUGGAGCUUUCAGACGUUCACCAGUUUGUCUGCAGACAUAGACUCUGAGUUUGGAACCAAACAGUUCAAACUUGUUUCUAUCAUCAUAAGUCCAGUUUUUCUGAGCUUCUGUCCACUCAUAUCUCUUUAUCUUCUUCUGUGGAUGAAGUCGUGUUUUUUUGCAGAUACUCAACCCUUCAGAACAGCCUUUCUCAAACGUCACGGUUGUCAGAGAUUUGGGUUUGGACCUUGUCAUGUUGAUUUCCUCCCUUAUUCGUGGUGCUGUCUUUCUCCGAUCUCUCUUCCUGGUGACAAUGCUCUGUUCAUCCUCUGCUUUUGUAGAAACUCUCUUUGGUCUUUUUCUAUCAUCAGAACUUCCAGGUUCCUCUCGUCUCUUCAGAGUGGAGUGGACUCCUUUGUUAAACACCUUUCGGCCUUUUUCUCUUUCUGUGUUUCCUUCUUUCCUCGAUGUACAAAUCUGAACUCUUUCUGGUCAUUUCUGCAGUAGUUUGAACUCAGUUUAGAUUUAUCAGGAUUUUUGUCUGCAGACUCUCAGAAGACAAAAAGUUGAAGUGAAUAAUCCAACUGUGAUUUGUUGUUUUUUUGCUUUUCCACUGAAGUUGUGACUCUUGAAAAUGUUUUCGACCCUAAAACUAAGCCCUUAUUAUCUUUAGCUGACAUAUAUUUAUCAAUGGUCUGUUAACAUCGAUGUUUAUCUAAAGGUAAAUGGAGUAAAAUGGUGCGUUUCCAUGGAAACAACAUCUGAUCAUGGAGUAAAUACAUCCCAAAAUACAUCAAACUGGAGUUAAAAAAAGACUUGAAGUUACUCCGAACUGUUCGGCCUGUAGUGUAGAUGUGUGUAUUAGUGCUGUGUUAUUAGCUCUGUAUACACACACACACACAGACACACACACACACACACACACACAGACACACACAGACACACAGACACACACGUGUUGUGUAUAUGGUCGCUGUAUCAGAGGCGGGGUCAGUAAUGGUGGCGUUGCUGAUGUGGGUCUAACAGCAGGGCUGCAGUGCACAGGCCUGCUCUCCUCCUCAGACUCCUCCCCCAGUAACAGCUCAGCAGGACGCUGCUUCACCAACCCCAGCUACCGCACUCUGGGGCCCUGCACCUACGCCGCCCACUACGCCAAGACCGACAAAAGGGGCGGGACCAAGGUGAGAGUGAGAAUGAGCAGAGACAGACCUGAUUGGUGGGUUUCUCUGAGUGUUUCUGAUCAUCUGUGGUUUGUUCUGUUCUCAGAGGAGGAGGAAGAAGCGGCACAGGAACAGCGCUCCAGAGUGGGGAGGGGCCUACUGUAACCUCAGUGAUCUGGGUCAGUCCGAGUCCUCACCUGUCCUGGUCUCAGUAGUCUUGUCCACAGUUGCGGUCUCUAACCUUUUGGACUCUGUCUGGUUCCCGUUCAGGAGUUUACUGUAUCGACCGGCGCUUCAGCUACCACGUGGAGCCGCUCAGCAGAGGUACCUGAGUGACCUCUGACCCCUCAGACAAUCCUCCUGCAGCCAAUCACUGCCCGGUUCCCCUGCUGCAGAUGUUUGCAUGUUAGAGACAUAAAGUCCACUCUGCAGGACGACUCUGACUCCUCCCCCUCUGACUCCUCCCAUCACUGCGAGGCUCCUCCUCCUGCUCUGACCCCGUCACUCUCCCCACGCUCACCUGGAGACUCACCUGUCCCAGAAUGCUCUUUGUUCUCCUCUCUGCAGCUUCACAGUUGAACUUUGACCCUCCUCUGUUUCUGUAUGUUUCUGUAUGUUUCUGUUGUCCUGCACUUUGACCUCUGACCUCCAUUCAUGAGGUCAUGACCUGUCAAUCAUCUGAAACUUUCUUCCUGAAACAGCCAAGAGACCAGAACCAGAACCACCGAGAACGGACUCAUCCGCUGCUGAAAGUAGACCCAAAAAAAGGAGCAGAACCGGAUCUGAGAGAAACUCUUCACCGAGCCUUUAGACCCGGUCCCUCUCAGACCUGGUCCCUCUCAGACCUGGUCCCUCUCAGACCCGGUCCCUCUCACACAGACCCGGUCCCUCUGUGCUCAGAGUUCUGCUGUCUUCUUAAAGUUCUGGUUGAUGAUCUGAGCUGUUGAGGCAGAUUCUUUGUGGAUUUGGACUUUAGGACCAUGAUCGCCAUGGAAACGAGGUUCAUAAUAAUUACCGAUCUCUACAAUCGUCAACCAGGACUUUAACAGUCAGUCUUCAGUUUGGAGGAUCUGGACCUGAAACCACCAGGAGCAGGUCUGAGAGGGUCCAUGAAUGAAGGUCCAGAUGACGGUGGUUCUAGUGAGCCGCGAUCCUCCUGAGAGUUCUGGUUCUGUGUUCAGACUUCUGCUCCUCGUUAAUCGCUCGCCCUGCUCUCUCUCGCUCUCUCUCCCUCCUCUCGCUCGCCCUGCUCUCUCUCUCUCUCCCUCCUCUCGCUCGCCCUGCUCUCUCUCUCUCUCUCUCUUUCUCUCUCUCCCUCCCUCCUCUCGCUCGCCCUGCUCUC